GCUGCCGGGCAUCAGUUUGAAUUUGAAGCGAUAUCAGUGCGAUUCAACGAACGAGUCAUAUUAUCUUGUGCUAUUCUGUGUUAUUCACGAUUUUUCCAGUGCGAUAUUAAACACAAAGUGACAUUUCAAUAUUUUUCGAAUUGUGCGCUAUUACUGUAUACGUUUUAGAUUGUAUACAUUAUAUAUAACUUAUAUUCGUAUUAAUUGUGCUUGAACAAAACCUACAACUUUUUGACGAAGAAAUGGUUGGAAAGACAGCGAUCGGUAUCGACUUGGGUACCACCUAUUCUUGUGUGGGCGUCUGGCAACACGGAAAAGUAGAGGUCAUCGCCAACGAUCAAGGUAACAGGACCACCCCGAGUUAUGUGGCAUUUACAGACACCGAACGGUUGAUCGGCGACGCGGCCAAGAACCAGGUGGCAAUGAAUCCCGUGAAUACUGUAUUCGACGCCAAGCGUUUGAUCGGACGUCGUUUCGACGACGAAAAGACACAAGCCGACAUCAAGCACUGGCCGUUCAAAGUGGUGAACGACUGUGGAAAGCCUAAAAUCCAAGUGGAAUUCAAAGGUGAACGUAAAGUUUUUGCGCCGGAAGAAAUCAGCUCGAUGGUUUUGACGAAAAUGAAGGAGACCGCCGAAGCGUACUUGGGCCGUAACGUGACGGAUGCUGUGAUCACGGUGCCGGCGUACUUUAACGAUUCGCAGAGACAGGCGACAAAGGACGCGGGCGUCAUAGCUGGUCUGAACGUGAUGCGAAUAAUCAACGAACCGACAGCUGCGGCUUUGGCGUACGGUCUGGACAAGAACUUGAAAGGAGAGAGGAACGUAUUGAUAUUUGAUCUGGGCGGUGGAACGUUCGACGUGUCCGUUCUGCAGAUCGACGAGGGUUCGAUAUUUGAAGUAAAGUCAACGGCAGGCGACACGCACUUGGGCGGCGAAGACUUCGACAACCGGCUGGUAGCUCAUUUGGCCGACGAGUUCAAGAGGAAAUACAAAAAAGACAUACGUUCCAAUCCGAGAGCGUUGAGACGGUUGAGGACUGCCGCCGAACGUGCUAAGAGAACAUUGUCGUCCAGCUCGGAGGCCACCAUAGAGAUUGACGCUCUGAUGGAAGGUAUCGAUUUCUACACACGAGUUUCCCGAGCCCGUUUCGAGGAGUUGUGCGCGGAUCUGUUCAGAUCGACUCUGCAACCGGUGGAAAAGGCGUUGGCAGACGCCAAGUUGGAUAAGGGAGACAUACACGACGUGGUGCUCGUGGGUGGUUCGACGAGGAUCCCGAAGAUUCAGAGUCUCCUACAAAACUUUUUCUGUGGCAAACCGCUCAACCUGUCCAUAAAUCCCGAUGAAGCCGUAGCCUACGGCGCCGCAGUCCAAGCGGCAAUACUGAGCGGCGACACGAGUUCUGCGAUUCAAGACGUAUUACUCGUGGACGUCACACCCUUGUCGCUGGGCAUCGAAACCGCGGGCGGAGUGAUGACCAAAAUCGUCGAGCGCAAUUCUACUAUUCCGUGCAAACAAACCCAAACGUUCACAACGUACUCGGACAACCAACCGGCCGUCACCAUUCAAGUGUUCGAAGGUGAAAGGGCUAUGACUAAGGAUAACAAUCUGUUGGGAACGUUUGACCUGACCGGCAUACCUCCGGCACCUCGGGGUGUACCCAAGAUCGAAGUGACUUUUGAUUUGGACGCUAACGGCAUUUUGAACGUGUCAGCCAAGGAAAACAGUUCCGGGCGCUCCAAGAACAUCGUCAUUAAGAACGACAAAGGUCGUCUAUCUCAAGCUGAAAUCGAUCGUAUGCUCAAUGAGGCCGAACGGUAUAAAGAAGAGGACGAACGCCAAAAGGCUAAAAUCGCGGCCAAGAACCAGUUGGAGAGCUACGUGUUCAGUGUUAAACAAGCGUUAGACGAGGCUGGUGAUAAGUUGACCGAGUCUGAAAAGAACAAAGGCAAACAAGAAUGCGACGCGGUCGUCCAGUGGUUGGACAACAACCAGUUGGCAGACAAAGAAGAGUACGAGUAUAAACUAAAGGAAAUCCAAAAGAGUUGUUCUGCCCUUAUGAUGAAGAUACACGGUGCAGGACAACCCGGUGGCGCGCCUCCCGGUGCACAAGGUUUUCCAGGCUCUGGAGGACCUACUGUCGAAGAAGUCGAUUAAUUAUUAAAAAAAAGUAAUCUCAAAAUAUAAGUAAAUAUCAUUGUAACUAUUAUUUAGAUUAGUAUUUAUUAUUAUGUAAGAAUGUAAGAUGACUUUCUAAUUAGAUAGUAGAUUUAAGUUACGACUGAUUUUUUUAUUGUAGUAUUUAAGUUUUCUCGAAAAUAUAUUUAUUAUUUGUAUAUAGCCUAUA